AUGGAGGCGGCGGGCGGCGGGGGAGCGGCGGCGGCGGGCGGCAUCGCCCUGCACGACUUCAGCGGGCGGCUGGGCGAGCAGCGGGUGCACUUCCACGCCAUGCGGCUGCGGGACUCGCUCUUCCUCUGGGUGGGCGCCGCGCCCGCCCUCGCCAGCCUGGCCGUCGCCAUGUGCAGCCCCCGCGACAGCAUCCCGGUGGCCGCCUCGCUCCUGGGGGAUCCCUCCGACACCGCCUCCGCCUGCCUGGCCCAGCGCUUGGCCAGCAAGACUAAAAAACAGAUAUUUGUCAGCUACAAUCUUCAAAACACAGACAGCAAUUUCACCUUGCUCAUAGAAAACAGGAUCAAAGAAGAAAUGAUGGCUUUUCCAGAGAAGUUCUGACUUUUCAUCAUUGUAAAAUAACCUGAAGUUUUUGUUUUAGAAAAACUGAUUGCAAUUUUCACACUGACAUUAAGUUAGUAUAUUUGUUUUGUAUUGUUUUGAUUGAAUUUGCAGUUGUUAUUAAAUAUAGAUGGACCUAAA